AUGAAGCUUUCUAGUGUGAUGUUUCUAGCUCUGUCUUCUCUUGUCUCUGCUGGCUGGUGGGGAUCGUCUUCUACAACCGAAGGAGGUGACAGCAAUAGCUCACAGUUAUUUGGAAUGGGAAGUCAAGGGGAGGGGGGAAAUCCCAGUACAGAUGGAAAGAGUAACCUGGUUGAGGAGUCGGAAGGACAUAACGACGAAGGUAACGAAGGAGGAGAAGGAUCCAAGAACAACCCUGGAAAGAACGAAAACUCAUCAGGCUUCUGGGAGAGCAAAACACAAGACUAA